AUGGAUGCUACAGCAGAUUAUUUGGACUAUAAUUAUAGCAGAAUUUUCGAUGAAGACCAAACUAUAUCCAACUAUUUUAAAAAUAUCAUUCUGUCUAUCGUAUUGAUCAUAUCCUGUAUUGGAGUCCCAUUAAAUGGAAUUGUUAUCUGGCUGCUUGGCUUCCAAAUUAAGAGAAACCCUUUCACCAUAUUGAUUCUUAAUUUAGCUAUUGCCGACUUUGGGUUUCUCAUCUUUAUGACUGUAUAUUGCAUUGACAUUUUUACAAGUUUUAUACAGCCAAGAAUUUCCCAGAAAAUCUUCUAUUCUCUCUUCAAUGUCACAUAUAUCAACGGUCUGUUUCUUCUGACGGCCAUCAGCAUUGACCGAUGUGUGUCUGUCUUUUUCCCAAUCUGGCAUCGCUGUUCCCGGCCAAAAUAUUUGUCCCCUGCUGUCUCUGCCAUCCUCUGGAUCUUCUCUUUCCUCCUGGUUGGAAUUAGCAUCAAUCCUGAUAAUUUAAUUAUUUCUUAUACCCUCUAUGAACUCCACUUGGUCGUGACUGCUGUGCUUUGCCUUCCGUUGAUCACAACCUCUACUGUGAUCCUAUUCAUCAAAAUAUGUCUUAAAUCAAAACAGCUCAAACGUGGAAGAAUCUUAGUGAUGAUCUUAAUUACUCUUCUCUGUUUUCUUAUUCUUACACUCCCAUUAUAUAUCUAUGUGUUCGUUAUUUAUUUUAUUCAGAAGAUUCAUUUGAUUCAUUUUACUGAAUUAGAUUUCUGCUUCAGUCUGUGUGCUUCUCUAAACAGCAGCGUUAACCCAGUGAUCUAUUUUCUGGUGGGGAGAAAGAAAAGAGCUGGCUCUAGGGAGAGCAUCAAGGUCAUUUUUCAAAGAGUCUUCAGGGCAGACGAAGCUCCUGAAAUCUGA